CACCCCCAACCCUCCUUCCCCCCACCACCAACCUCCUCCUCCUCAUAUAAGCACUCCAGCCCCUCUCCUCAGUUUCAUCACAGCCUUGACAUCAUACAACUCAUUUUUUCUCACUCCAAACCCUCAUUAAAAUUCGACACAACAUGUGCAACUCCAAGAUGAAAUCAAGCCAUGCCAAUGCCUUGGCCGAUGUUGCCAACAUCAACGGCAGGCCGGUCCUUCAGCCCACCUCCAACCGGGUUGCAACCUUAGAGCCCAACAAACCCGUGAAGAAAUCUCUCCAAAGAUCCUUAUCUUCUCCCAUGUCCAUCACUGUCACCAAGACCACUGCCAAAGUCACGACUCUGCCAAUAUCUCCCAAGCCUAAACCCAUCAAGAGAGCCAAAGACACCUACAGUCCAAAUUCUAGCACUGAGAAGCCCAUUAUCCCGAAACCAACUGUGAAUCCAGUUCCAGUGAUUAGAAAGAAAUCGAAGACAUUAGAAACAUCAUUGAGCUUCAAGAAUGAUUCCACUUCUUAUGAAUCUUUGUUGGUGGAUAGAGCUCCUGGGAGCAUUGCAGCUGCACAAAGAGAGCAGGCUUCAGUAAUGCAAGCACGACGCAAGAUGAAGAUUGCUCACUAUGGAAGGACGCCGGAAAAGCUCGAGAAGAUUGCUCCGGUUAUCGACAUAACAGAUUCUGAGGCUGCUGAUAGCCAAGAAGAAAAGAGAUGCAGCUUCAUUACACCGAAUUCAGACCCUCUGUAUGUUGCCUACCAUGAUGAGGAGUGGGGAGUGCCAGUUCAUGAUGACAAGAUGCUGUUUGAGUUAUUAGUUUUAUCAGGGGCUCAAGUUGGCUUAGAUUGGACCACCAUAUUGAAGAAAAGGAAUGAUUUCAGGUCAGCUUUUGCUGGAUUUGAUGCAGAUGUCGUUUGCAAAUUCACAGAGAAGCAAAUAGCAUCAAUCAGUUCAGAUUAUGGACUUGAUUUGGGCAGGGUACGAGGAGUUGUAGACAACUCUAACAGAAUCCUAGAGGUUAGGAAGGAAUUUGGGUCACUAGACAAAUACCUAUGGUGUUUUGUUAACCAUAAGCCCAUAUCAACCAACUACAAGUCAUGCAGAAAAAUCCCAGUAAAGACCUCCAAGUCCGAGAUGAUAAGCAGGGACAUGGUCCGCCGAGGCUUUCGCUUUGUGGGCCCGACUGUGAUCCACUCCUUCAUGCAGGCCGCCGGCCUCACCAACGACCACCUCAUCUCCUGCCGCCGCCACCUCCAUUGCUCAUCCUAAUACUAACCAAAAGACUUUAUAUGCUUAGCUACGUACUUACUAGUUGGUUUUACUCUUAAUACUUUGGAUUGGUUGUAUAGUGUUUACUAAUUUUUUUUCCAGUUUGGGCAUUUUAA